CCUGGAGCGGAGGAAGGGAGUCUUGGUCGAUUUAACCCCCGAAAACACGCCCCUGGUGAGAGGCGCUGGCUGGCGCCUGUGAUCGCGGUGGCCCCCUUCAUGUCCAGCAGUCUUCACCUGCCCAGUGACCAUGAUCGGUACGUGGUGCCUGUCAGUGUUUGUGAGGUUCAACUCCAGCCACGGUUUCCCAGUGGAGGUCGAGCCUACCACCAGCAUCUUCCAGCUCAAGGAGGCGGUUGCUAAGCGACAGGGAGUUCCAGCUGACCAGCUGCGGGUGAUUUUCGCGGGGAAGGAGCUGGGCAACGACUCGGUGGUGCAGAGCUGCGACCUGGACCAGCAGAGCAUCGUCCACAUUGUGCUGAGACCCGGGAGAGAAGGCCAGGAAAUGGCCUCCACUGGCAGGGACCGUCCCUGGAGCACCGUGGGGGCCUUUCGGAGGGAGCCCGAGAGCCUAACUCGCGUGGACUUCAGUGGCUCUGUCCUCCCGACCAACUCGGUGGGUCUGGCCGCCAUUCUGGAUGAAGACAGCAGGAACAGCGCCCCGCCAGGCGGACACGCAGCAGGUAGACCGGCUUACAACAGCUUUUAUGUUUAUUGCAAAGGCCCCUGUCGAAGAGUGCAGCCAGGAAAGCUCAGGGUGCGCUGCGGCACCUGCCAACAAGCCACGCUCACCUUGGCCCAGGGCCCAUCCUGCUGGGACGAUGUCUUAAUCCCCAACCGGAUGAGGGGCGAGUGCCAGUCUCCGGGCUGCCCGGGAACGAGAGCCGAGUUUUUCUUUAAAUGCGGAGCACACCCGACCUCUGACAAAGACACAUCCGUAGCUUUGAACCUGAUCACGACGAACAGCCGGAACAUCACCUGCAUAACAUGUGUGGAUGUCAGGAGUCCCAUCCUGGUGUUCCAGUGCGACUCCCGCCAUGUGAUCUGCCUGGACUGCUUCCACCUCUACUGCGUGACCAGGCUGAACGACCGGCAGUUCAUGCACGACCCGCAGCUCGGCUACUCUCUGCCUUGUGUGGCUGGCUGCCCCAACUCCUUGAUUAAAGAGCUCCAUCACUUCCGGAUUCUUGGAGAGGAGCAGUACAACAGGUACCAGCACUAUGGCGCCGAGGAGUGCGUGCUGCGGAUGGGGGGCGUGCUGUGCCCCCGCCCAGGCUGCGGGGCCGGGCUGCUGCUGGAGCCAGAGCAGAGGGACGUCACCUGCGAAGGAGGCGACGGCCUGGGCUGUGGGCUCGUGUUUUGCCGGGACUGCAGGGAAGCAGCCCACGAAGGCGAAUGCAGCUCGCUGGCCGCCUCAGCAGCAGUGACUCAGGUCUACAGAGUGGACGAGAAGGCGGCCGAGCAAGCUCGGUGGGAGGAGUCCUCCAAAGAGACGAUCAAGCAGACCACCAAGCCCUGCCCCCGCUGCCGGGUGCCCGUGGAGAAGAACGGAGGAUGCAUGCACAUGAAGUGCCCGCAGCCCCAGUGCCAGCUGGACUGGUGCUGGCACUGCGGCUGCGAGUGGAGCCGCACCUGCAUGGGCGACCACUGGUUCGACGUGUAGCCACCGCGGGCGCCGCCAUCGGGCUGGGAGCACGGCCGCCUGCCUGCGUCGGCGACUCUCCCUUUCUCCACAUACGUGCACAUGCACACGCAGGCUCAUGCAAACAGAUGCACACCGCACACAUGUACACACCCACACAUGCACAUGCACACACAUAUAAUAUGUGUGCGUGCCCACAUACAAGUACACAUAUAUACAUUAUGCUCACAUGUGCAGGAGCAUAUGAGCACAUGUGUGUUCGCAUGUGUGCCCACAGGCACCCAAUUCUUUCCAAAAGCACAAAAGCAGCACAGGAGUGGCCCGGCCUCCCUUCCACCGUCCCCAUGGGAACCAGCAGAACUGGCCGUGAGGCCAGCGAGACGCUGUCUCAGCAGCACGCACACCAGAGCACAGAGGAAGUGCCGCCCCUCUCUCGAGAGACUGUCACCCUUGAGUGAACUCAAGGCAGGCUGCAGAACCACAGAGAGCAGUUUCUCAGGUUUAAUUUCCUGCGUUUGACCUUCAGCCCAUGCUGGGAAGCAGCCACUGUGGCGGCGGGAAGCCGUUCUGCGGGUCUGUUUCAGUGCUUCCCCGAGAUCCGUGGCGGUGGACUCUCAGAAUGCUCUUCCCCCCUCUACGGCCGGUGCUCCGCUCUGCAUUCUCACAGGCCAUCGCUUCCCAAGGAACCACCAGCAACGGUCAGGGCCCUGCGUUUGUCCCUUUGCUACCUUUAUCGACGCACUGACGGAAUAGCAACCUUGCAUAAAUCAGCUUGCCAACGAAGUGAGAGGUCACGAGAGUUCAUUUGAAUGUUGCGUGUUUACAUUGCCGGGCAGAAAUCAAAACUUAAUGUACUUUCAUUCGACUUAUUUGCCACUUUCGAAAUUGUUUUUCUGAAAAUAUUACCAAAUCUGUCAUUUGAUUACAAGCGUUCAUUUUGCAGCGUCGAGAAUAAGCUAAUUACAUGUGACUUCGCUGUAAAUCUAGCGGACGAGGCCCCCGGGAAGGAGCGAUUUUAGCGGUGGUUUCGUUGUGAUUCUCAGGGUUAACCAGAGUAGAGUGCUGGCCGUCAGACAGACUCCUCCGGGAGGGUGCGCUCCAGGACCUUCGAAAUGCAGCUGUACGUUCCCGCUCUUUCUGCAAACCCACAGGCCCCCCGCCUGCAGAGCUGGGGGCCCCUCCCAGGGACACCCUCCGCCCCAAGGCAGUGGACCCACACUGGGACAUUUCCUUGUGUUAGCAUGGGCCGGAGCAGAGUGCUGAUCAAGGCUUCUUUCCUUGUUUUCAUGUUUUUCUUCCUUUUUUUUUUUUGAGGCGCUCGCAGCACAUCAAACAGGCAUGUUGAUGCGACGUACAGCCAGCCCUACUUUGUGCAGCUCAGGCCGCACACGCACACCUAUGACCACUGUCUUCUCGGGUGGGUGGUGACGUCACCGAGUGCACGGUGAGUCCACUUGCACGUGGGGUCCCUUUGCAUUCAGGGGCCUGGACAUGAGAAAACCAGCAGCAGGUCUCCUUUCCUGGAAGUGGCUCCAGGAAUCCUGCUGCAGGAGAGAGAGGGGGCGACCUCAGGGCAUGUCCCCGGGACAUCUGCCCGUGUCUCCCCAACCUGGGACAGGAUGGGGAGGAGCCCCCACCCCCAGGCUGCCAGACUCAGUCAGGAAGCCUGCAGGGUGGGCACAGAUAAUGGGGAGCUGAGGUUCGGGAGUGGGAGACAGAGGGAGGCCCCACUAGCCAGUGUUCACACUCAGUUUGAACCCACUCUGGGCCUGACGUGCGUUCCCGACAAUCCCAGUAGACAGCAGCGGCUCCCUGCCCCAGCGGGGCUUGGGGCUUCACAGCCUCCAGGGCCCUGGGUUCCGCGGUGCUGCUGCUGCUGCCGCUGCCGCUGCCGCUGCCGCCUCGGUGCAGACAGGCAGGGUGGGGCAGGCGUGCCUCGGCCACACUCAGGCGUGGUCAGCAUCCCCAGGCCUCUGCUCCUUUCCUGGUGGCUCUUUCUUUUGUUUGGUUUUUUUUUGUUUUUUUUGUUUUAGAAUAGAAAACUGAUUCUUAAAACAUGUUAAAGGGAAGACAGCCACUAUAAGUGAAUGUAAGUCACAAACUACUGUAAAUGAACUUGUCUGAGUGUGAAUGGCAUCUCAAACUGUGAGCAUAGCCAAAGAAUAAAAAUAAACGAUUUGCUGAAGAAUCUCUAUUUUUCUCUGAAACGCAUAAAGCAAUACUUGACAGUUAGGCUUAAGGCUGUAUUUGAAUUGUCAAUAAAAGCAUCAGAAAAGCUUUUGA